AGUACGUGACGUAGUACGUGGACUAACGGGCGGAUAUUUUCAAAAUGGAAGAAAUUGCAAAGUUUUGGAGGGCGACACCAGAACAACACAUGUUUUUGUUUUGAAGACCUUUACACUGACCAUCGAUGCACUUCACUUCGAGGGAAAAUCUGCAAGAAGAAAAACAGGCAGGAUGAGUGUUUCGAUCGGUGAUAAAAUCGAGGUAAGUGCUAUUGUUAGCUUGCUAACUGCAAACUCGCUCAUGCUAGUGGGAGUUAACUAUUAAGCUAGCUUUAAAGCAGUGUGUUUAACUAUGUUUGCGAAUAUGUCCAAAGUUGUUAUUGACGUAAAGGUUGAUAAUUUCAUACAUUAAAUCGUCAAGUGAACUAAACGCUAGUUAAAUAGCGUAACUUAGAGAUACCGCACUUCCCCUUUACAUUGUUAUAAUAGUACACAGAGUCGUUCGUGUACGGCUGUGUAACCUCAUCCUGGCUCUCUCGGGACAGCUUGUUUCUCCUCUGUGUGUCGGUUUGUGCAUCCUCCGUGCUGCUUGGAGACGGUUCAGGUCCGCGGGAAGGGAGCCGGGAUAAUUGAGGGUUUUGGUUGGCCAUAUGACGGCGUCAGGUGUUGGUGGCUUGUUUGGCAGUUAACGUUUGUUGUGGGAAGAUUUCUCCCCCGUGAAGCCGUCAGAUGUUGGAUUGUCUGUUGCUGUACAUCCAGCAUGUCUCAGCUCAGAGGCACAGUUAUUAAUCAGCUUGUUCGUUAUUUCUAUCAAAACCUUUCUGCUGGCUCUCAAUCCAGCAGAGAUGAAGAUAACUCUUUAUUUUAUGAUCAGGGGCUCAGGAUCGAGGUAUCAUGCCUGCAACGAUUAUUAUUUCACAUGUAAUAGUUAUUUAUCUGUAUACAUCUGUGUAAGUUGUGUUUUGUUACAUAUUUUUUGCUUUCUUUCUAGGAUUUUAAGGUUCUCACACUUCUUGGCAAAGGCUCCUUUGCAUGUGUUUACCGAGCAAAGUCAGUGAAGACUGGCCUGGAGGUUGCUAUAAAAACGGUAAGACCCCUUCUUACACUGUUUAUGUCUGAAAUAGCUACAUGUGGUUAAUUAUAGGACGCUUUCCCUGUAAUGUAGAUGCUUUAAUGGCCAACCUGUCGUCAAAGGUUCCACUGUGGGUUAUUAAGCAGUAGUUGCCUCCCAAGUGUCUUUUGUGGUCCCUCAGCUUUCCACAUAUGAGGUCUGAAGGCGACAGAUUGAGGAUUUACCACAAGACCAAACCUCAAUGCAACAGCGCUUUGCCACCUUAUAUGAUGACUGUGCGACUGGCAGGUGUGUAAUUACCUCUUUUGUUCUCGUUUGCAGAUUGACAAGAAAGCAAUGCACAAAGCUGGUAUGGUCCAGCGUGUGACAAAUGAGGUGGAGAUUCAGUGCCGAUUGAAACAUCCCUCAAUACUUGAGGUAAUAUUUUGUGAAAAAGGAAUAACGCCUCACUACUAACAAAUCUGUUUAGAGUAGCACUGCCACUUGAAUUCUUUGUUCUGGUCAAAUGUUUGUCAGGACUCUAUCCACUCUGUGUUUGAGGCUAUGUCUCUUAGCUUUGUGUUAUUGUUGUCAUGGUUAUGUGAUUGGAGGACAGGACCCAACCUCCUCUAAUUGUUUCAUCUGUUAUUUAUCCAUCUGCUUUCGAUAAUAGACUGUUUGUUUAAACAAUGUUACGUAUUUUUAGAAGGUCCAGCAAUACAACAAAUUUAGAUUUCAAAUCCACUGAAAUGUAUUAUGAAGCUUUACAGGGGUAUUUUUUUCACUUUGGCAUGUAAAUAACUGUUAUGUUUUCCCUGUUCCUACUAAAGCUGUACAACUACUUUGAGGACAGCAACUAUGUGUACUUGGUGUUGGAGAUGUGUCACAAUGGAGAAAUGAGUCGGUACCUUAAAGAGAGGAAGAUGCCUUUUUCCGAGGAUGAAGGUUCGAGCACAGUUCUUAAAACAUAAAAUUGACUGAGUUGUUUUACCUUCCAAAUUUGCCUGCCUUAAUAACUUUCUUAUGUGCUUCACAGCAAGACAUUUCAUGCAUCAGAUAGUGAAAGGAAUGCUCUAUCUCCACACCCAUGGCAUCUUGCACCGUGAUCUGACUUUGUCCAAUCUUUUAUUGACGAGCAACAUGAACAUUAAGAUCGCAGAUUUUGGUUUGGCUACUCAGCUCAAACUCCCAAAUGAAAAGCACUUCACCAUGUGCGGCACUCCCAACUACAUCUCUCCUGAGGUGGCCACUCGCAGCGCUCAUGGCCUGGAGUCAGAUGUGUGGUCGCUGGGGUGUAUGUUCUACGCUUUUCUGAUGGGUCGUCCCCCUUUUGACACGGACACAGUGAAGCACACUCUGUCUAAAGUGGUUCUUGGGGAGUAUGAGAUGCCCAGUCAUGUUUCUCUGGAGGCUCAGGACCUCAUCCACCAGCUGCUGCAAAAAGACCCAGCCCAGCGGCCAAGCCUCUCCGCAGUGCUCGACCAUCCUUUUAUGACCCAGAGCCUGCUGGUCAAGAAUAAGGAGCUAGGCCACGGCGACGAAGGCUCGAUAGACAGCGGCAUCGCAACCAUCUCCACAGCCUGCACCUCCUCUACCUCAGCUAGCAGCAACAGCCGACUCCAGAGGAUGACCAGGCACAUGAUUGGCUCUGCUCUGCCUAACCGCAUGGCGCCGAUUUCCAGUCUCACAAGCCAACCAAUCAGGGACUGUUUUGAGAAUAGCGAACAAUGGCAGCAGGCGCAUCUUGGGGACAGAUUUCACAGAGAGGGCAGGAGCAGAGGGGGUCAUGGUGGGGAAAAUGGACAACCUCAUUCUCGCUACUUGAGGAGAGCUCACUCUUCCGAUCGCUCCAGCUCUUCUGCAUUGAGUCACACUGAGUUGGGGAGAUGCCACUCAGAGGAGUUGUUGACAGGAUUAGGAAAACCGGUGUUCCCCUUGACAUCUACUCAGCACCCAUUGUCAGAGCGAGGGAGGCUUCCGUCUCCUCCUGUCAAACAGGCAGCAAAGUAAGAAGUCUGUCUGUUUUAAAGUCUCUUUAAUUUAAACAAAUAAGUCUAACAGAUUGCAUUUUGUGUUUCAGUUCUGGUUACUCAUUAUCCACACAGACUGUACACCCACCAAGCCUUCAAUACCAGGACCUUGAAGGUGUUGCUAAUUGGCUCAACAAUGAUGGUAAAUUUGAUAUUUUCUACUGUCUUAGCAGUGUUUAUGUAAUAGAUUUUAGCAUUUCUUAUCAGUGUCAUGCUGAAGCUUAUGUCUCAUUUUAGGCUCUGGGCACAGGCUGGCAGACAGUAGCAGUCACAGCAGCAGCGGUAGCUUCCACAGCAGCAGAGGACCUUUGGGUGUUCACAACUCUUGGUCAGAGAAGCCCACAGGCCGAGAGGUGAGCCCUCACCAAAACCAGCACCACCUGCAUUACAACCUCUCCUCCAACCCUGACUCGUACAGAGAAAAUAUACCUGGUGCAGAGUUCCAGCCUCCUCUUGGCAGAGAGUUAAAGCUGCCCUCAGCCAAGCCAAGCGUGGAUAAAGUGAAGAAAACACUGAGAGACGUUGUUCCGCCUCUCUGUGCAGCCAGACUGAAGCCUAUCAGACAGAAGACUAAAAAUGCUGUCGUAAGAUUCUGCAGUGACUUUUUACCAUUUAAUUCAAUUUGAUUUUAUUUGGACUUCAGGUUUACUGAGGCCUGAUUAAUUUGCUUUGUAUUUCCUACAGGUGAGCAUUUUGGACACAGGUGAAGUGUGUAUGGAGUUGUUAAAAUGCCAGAGUGGUCAAGAAAGAGUCAAAGAAGUUCUUCGGAUUUCUUGUGAUGGUUCAAUGGUAAGCUUAAUAACAUGCACUCUGAAGUUAGUGUUACCAAAACCCCAAACCUGUACAUAGAGAUCAUUUCAUACCUGACUGAUUGAGGGUUAUACCUGUUAUUCAAAGAUCUUUAUUAUCUUUUGAAGGUGACAAUAUACCAGCCUAAUGGUGGAAAGGGUUUUCCUGUCCUCGAUUGUCCUCCUGCUCCUCCAGAGGAUAUACUCAUUUGCAGUUAUGAAGACCUUCCAGGUACUAUGAUGAACUUAACACACUCACUGUUAUAUUAAAAGUGAUGUUUAAUUAUAAAUAGUGAGCUGAUUAAUUUGUUUUUGCUUCAGAAAAGUACUGGAAGAAGUACCAAUACGCCUUUAAGUUUGUGCAGCUUGUGAAAUCCAAGACUCCAAAAGUGACUCUUUACACGAAGCAUGCAAAAGUAAUGCUGAUGGAAAACUGUCCCAACGCCGACCUGGAGGUUUGCUUCUACGAUGGUGAGUCAGAGAGGGACAAAGGUCAUAUGAGUAACACAAGACCCUGUUUGUGCGAAUUUCUGUAAAGCUUCAUGUGGACUUUUGUCGUGUAGGAGCAAAGACCCACAAGACCUCAGAGCUGGUGCGAGUAGUGGAGAAGAGCGGAAAGUCGUGCACGGUGAAGGGCGAGGUGGGAUUGAGUGGUUUGAGCCCAGAGAGCCGGCUGUAUGUGGAGCUGGCUGACGAGGGUCACAGCAUGUGUUUGUCUCUGGAGGCAGCCAUUGCUGCAGAGGAGCAGCGCAGCAACAAGAAAGUCCCUUUUUUCCCCAUAACAAUUGGCAGGUAAGAGGAAUGUGAAUGAUCUUUUAUUUGGUAGUGGGGUUGUUAUGGCAAAGUAAAUCUCAUUCUUUAUGGGAUAUCUCACCUAGGCGGCCUGUCAACCCGGACUCCCCGUGCACAGCUUCCCUGCCAGCACAACCAGUAGCUCCUGAAAUAGCUUCACCUCCUCAGCCUCCACAAAUCACUCCUUCAGUGAGUGUCUUGUAACAUCACAACACUUUGAGAUGUACUUAUGAACUGUUGUUUAAAAUAUAUUAUUUUUAAUUUCUAGAUGAUCUCCUAUGAUGGCUCUGAUUUCACAACAACCAGCCUAAAUAAGAAAAGCUCCCCAGUGCGUCAGGAGCUGGUACAGAGCACUGGAAAAGUUGUCAAGUCUAUUUUUGUACCCAAUGUUGGAUGGGCAUCACAGGUACGUGAAAAUGAAGUAGACCUUGUAUUCGCUGAUCAUCAGUAGAGGAGUUUUCUCUGUGAUAAAAAUCUGGACUUCUUUUGUCCGUGUAGCUGACAAGUGGAGAGGUGUGGGUGCAGUUUAACGACGGGUCUCAGCUGGUGGUUCAGGCCGGUGUUUCCUGCAUCACUUACACGUCUCCAGAAGGGAGGAUCACCAGGUAACCAAACAUGCCAGUUUCAUGUUUGUCCUCUUAAACGUGUGCAGAACAGUGUGGAAUUAUGGACUCCUCUGCAUCACAGGUAUAAGGAGAAUGAGAAGUUGCCAGAGCACGUCAAGGAGAAGCUUCACUGUCUCUCCACCAUCCUGGGACUGCUGGCCAACCCGACAGCACAUCAUCUGCAACCCCACUGAAACUCAGCAGUCAACCCCACCACCCUAAAAAAAAAACUCCUAGCAGUGAGCAAAAAGUAGCAUUAGAAAAUCCUCUGUUGUCUGGUGCUCCUGUAAAUACGUCUGUGUUUUUCUUUUUUACAUGUACAGAAGACUAAGAUUAUGAAAAUAUAUAUUUUUAUGUUAAAAAGCAACAUUUUGUAUAGAGUCAAAGCUGGCCUUGUUAGAUAUGUUUGUUUCCUGACAUGUGUGUCAUUUUAAAUUUGUCUCCAAUCCUAUGAAAUGUGUGAAAUUGAGACAAUAAACAUCUGGAGGCCUGGGAGAAA